ACACCCUGGGGGCCCGUUGAGGCUUUGGGAGAGUGAGGGUGUGGGGUAAUUUGGGAAACGUACUUGCCUAUUUCUGUGGGAUUCGGGGAGGAAGCCCUGAGUGGAUUGACUCUGGAAGAGAAUGGGACGGGUCGGCUAAGUCCUGGAAGGUUCUGGUUCUGGUUUUAGAGUCCGGUGGUGUGUGUGUGUUGAGGCUUGGGAUCUCCACCGAACCAGGAGGCCGGACGUGGGAGGGGUGGUUUCACGGUGGUAUAUACACUCUUGCCCGAAUAUUUUGGCCGUUUCCACUUGCUUUGCAGGCGCCGGGCGUUUUUCUGCGGAGCACGUGUUUCUUUUUAUUUACAGUCGUUUUAAAGGUGGGCCCUUCUCUUUUCAUAAAUUAGACCUUUUCUUUAAACAGCCUUGUGUUUCAGCAGAAAGUAUGGGGUCACCUCCAUGCUCCAGGGUAGGCUGCACAUGUAGUUUAAACAUUUCUGCACACCCAGAAUUGUUUGUGUGCUAAACCAAAACUGCUGUAUGUGACCCUUUUUGCCCAUUCAUUUGAUGGACAUUAGUUUCCUAUAGUUUAAUCAUAAUGGUGCAAUUAGAAUGGCACUGGGGAUGUGCCAUUUUCUAUUGUUGGUUCUUAAGUAAAAAUGUAGUAGGUCCUUAGAUGGAAAUGAGAUUCCAAAAAUUGGUAGUCUGUUUUUAAAAGAAUGUGCGUUUUAUAAUAAUGUAAUUUUGCUUUUAGUAUUGGGAUUUGAAAUCGAGUGAGUUCUCUGACAUAUUUGAGCACACGACCCAGGAGUACUUGGAGAAAAAACUGGUUCCAGAGGACCUAGACUGACGGUAGAAAUGAGUCCUGCAGAUGCCCUUGACGAUGAAAAUACAUUUAAAAUCUUAGUUGCAACAGAUAUUCAUCUGGGAUUUAUGGAGAAAGAUGCAGUCAGAGGAAAUGACACAUUUGUAACAUUUGAUGAGAUUUUAAGACUUGCCCAGGAAAAUGAAGUGGAUUUUAUUUUGUUAGGUGGUGAUCUUUUUCAUGAAAAUAAGCCCUCAAGAAAAACAUUACAUACCUGCCUCGAGUUAUUGAGAAAAUAUUGCAUGGGUGAUCGUCCUGUACAGUUUGAAAUUCUCAGUGAUCAGUCAGUCAACUUUGGUUUUAGUAAGUUUCCGUGGGUGAACUACCAAGAUGACAAUCUCAACAUUUCGAUUCCAGUGUUCAGUAUUCAUGGCAAUCAUGAUGAUCCCACAGGGGCAGAUGCCCUGUGUGCCCUGGACAUACUAAGCUGUGCUGGAUUUGUAAAUCACUUUGGGCGUUCAGUGUCUGUGGAGAAGAUAGACAUUAGUCCAGUUUUGCUCCAAAAAGGAAGCUCCAAAAUUGCUUUAUAUGGCUUAGGGUCCAUUCCAGAUGAAAGGCUCUAUCGAAUGUUUGUCAAUAAAAAGGUAACAAUGUUGAGACCAAAAGAAGAUGAGAACUCUUGGUUUAACUUAUUUGUGAUUCAUCAGAACAGGAGUAAACACGGAAAUACUAACUUCAUUCCAGAACAAUUUUUGGAUGACUUCAUUGAUCUUGUUAUAUGGGGCCAUGAACAUGAGUGUAAAAUAGCUCCAACCAAAAAUGAACAACAACUCUUUUAUGUAUCACAACCUGGAAGUUCAGUGGUUACUUCUCUUUCCCCAGGAGAGGCUGUAAAGAAGCAUGUUGGUUUGCUGCGCGUUAAGGGAAGGAAGAUGAAUAUGCAGAAAAUUCCUCUCCACACGGUGCGGCAGUUUUUUAUGGAGGAUAUUGUUCUGGCCGAUCAUCCAGACAUUUUUAACCCAGAUAAUCCUAAAGUAACCCAGGCCAUACAAAGCUUUUGUUUGGAGAAGAUUAAAGAAAUGCUUGAAAAUGCUGAGCGAGAACGUCUGGGAAACUCUCGACAGCCAGAGAAGCCUCUCAUACGACUUCGAGUGGACUAUAGUGGAGGUUUUGAACCUUUCAGUGUUCUUCGCUUUAGCCAGAAAUUUGUGGAUCGGGUAGCUAACCCAAAAGAUGUUAUCCAUUUUUUCAGGCACAGAGAACAAAAGGAGAACACAGGAGAAGAAAUCAACUUAGGGAAGUUAAUCACAAAACCUUCAGAAGGCACAACUCUAAGAGUAGAAGACCUUGUAAAACAGUAUUUUCAAACUGCGGAAAAGAAUGUGCAGCUCUCACUUCUAACCGAAAGGGGAAUGGGCGAAGCAGUACAAGAAUUUGUGGACAAGGAAGAAAAAGAUGCCAUAGAGGAAUUAGUGAAAUACCAAUUGGAAAAAACACAGCGAUUUCUUAAAGAACGUCAUAUUGAUGCCUUAGAAGAUAAAAUCGACGAAGAGGUACGCCGUUUCAGAGAAAGCAGGCAAAAAAACACUAAUGAAGAAGAUGAUGAAGUUCGAGAGGCUAUGACUAGGGCCAGAGCCCUCAGAUCUCAGUCCGAGGACUCUGCUUCUGCCUUUAGUGCUGAGGACCUUAUGAGUAUAGAUCUGGCAGAACAGAUGGCUGAUGACUCUGAUGAUGACAUCACAGCAGCAGCCAACAAAGGAAGAGGCCGAGGAAGAGGCCGACGGGGAAGAGGGCAGAGUUCAGCCUCGAGAGGAGGGUCUCAGAGAGGAAGAGGAGGCAGUAGUCUGGAUACUUCUACUCGAAGCAGAAGUUCAAAGGCUGCUGUGUCAACAUCUAGAAAUAUGUCUAUUAUAGAUGCCUUUAAAUCUACAAGACAGCAGCCUUCCCGAAAUGUUGCUACUAAGAAUUAUACAGAGAUGAUUGAGGUGGAUGAGACAGAUGAAGAAGAAGACAUGUUUCCUACCACUUCAAAAACAGAGCAGAGGUGUCCGAGCACAUCAUCAUCAUCAAGCAAGCGCAUGUCCCAAAGCCAAAUAGCUAAAGGGGUCGAUUUUGAAUCAGAUGAGGAUGACGACGAUGAUCCUUUUAUGAACACUAGCUCUUUAAGAGGAAACAGAAGAUAAUAUAUUUAAUGGCAGUUUGAAGCAUUCAAGGUUCAGGAAAAAUCAAAACACUGCAAGCAAAUAGUUUACAGUUGAAGAUUUUUUUAAGUAUCGCUGUUAAUUAAAGAAUUUGAAAGAGACUUACUUAACAGAAAAACUUAACGUAUAAGAAUUUGUGUUUUGACGUAUCGUUUCGUGAACAUGACUCCUUUAAUUGAGAAACAUCCCAAUUUGAGGACAUCCAGAAUGGCACUGGUUCACCAUACUUUUUAAUCUAGUUCUUAACAUUACCUGGGGAUGCUCUACAAGAUCAGAAUGUUUUCCUUACAUAUAUUAGCGUACAUCUAACUGAAUGAGGGCUUUGCUUAAAUACCAUUCUUGAGUAAGGAUUAACAGAAAUCUGUCACUCUAUGUUUCUGCUUCAUUAUCAAAGACUGUCAGUAUUUUAAUGUAGUUACAUUUAACCAAAGUUGAGGAAAAGAGCUUAUAAAACUUAACCUCCUUGUAAUUUUAAUAAUUUCUAAAGAUUCUGGAUUUCCUGAAGGUAAAACAAUCUGUAAAACCGUGCCUAAGCUCAUUGUUUGUUACUAAGUGUUGUUCUUUUUCUAAUGUUUGUGAUCGUGUCAGCCACUGAGACUUUGAAUGUUAGAUGUAUCUUAUACUUUGAAUAAUUAGAUAUAUUUGUAUUAAAAAAUAGAGCAGUCUCUGAAUUACUAAGUUUUUGAUUUCAGUUGUAGCAAAGAUUUUAAAAAAUUGUGUUCCCAUUCAGCAAUAGUCAUUUUCUCUAUUCUCCAUUAUUCGUGGUUCUCUCUUUCUCCUGUGCUAUAGCUCUCUCCUCUAUUUCUAGGAGGAAAAGCAUUAAGAAAGAUUUAUACUUAACUAUAUCUUUCUUAGAAGAUAAUUGAAGAACGUUUUUUAGAUACAGUGGUCAGUUGGUCGUUAUGAUUAUAUUAGAUUAAAAUAUUAAAAUACAACUUCUGUGGGAUAUCAGUGCCAAAAUUUCAUAGUAAUAACAUUUUAUCUUAACAUCAGACAGAGUUCCAGAAAUCUUAGUGAAGCAGCCCGUGUUAAGUUCAUAUUUUCUCCCAUCCAAGUACUAACCAGGCCCAACACUGCUUAGCUUCCAGGAUCAGGCACAUUCAGGGUUGUAUGCCCGUGGACAAGUUUGUAUUUCUUUACUGUGUUCAAGGGGGGUAUAAGAAUUGGACCUCUUCAGAUUUAAGUUCAGUAAUUUCGUUCUCUGUCUUAAGACUGUUAAAACACCCUUAGAGUGUUCCUUCCUAUCGUCCAAGAGGUACCUAUAUUUAAAGACUCCUUAGGGAAUUUGUAGAUCUGGGCAGUACAACAAGCACACAUUUCUUCAUUUGUAGAGUUAUACACUGGACUGAGCAGUAGUCAUGAUUAUUGGCACGGUCACACCUGGACUGUGUCAAAUUAUAAAAGAACAUUUGCCUGGUGGCUGUCUCCAUAUUAUAGCCCUUUGAAAUGGCCUAGGCCUGGGAUAUAACCUUCUAUUGGGAUAAAGUGUGAAUCCAUUUUAAAUAUUAAAAAAUAUAUAUUUUCUGUACCUAGCUUGAGCGUAAGGAUUAGUUUAGCAGGUAGUAUUAAUCAGUGAAGGCGUUGUCCUGCGAAAUAUUCUCAGGUCCAUGGGCCCACAUCUUUAAUACUCCCAGCAGAAAUGAAACCAGGAGUGAGAGUUGCUUUCCCUGCAGAAUGGAAGCUGGUUUGGGCGGUGGUGUGUGGGCAGCGUAGUGCCGCCCCUGCACAGCGGGCGUCUGUUAAUGGCCCUUCUCACCUGCCGCCAAGAUGUGCUCGGGCAAGGGGCAUAGUGAAGGAGACAGUGACAAAAGCAUCCUGACCAAGUCCUACGAAAAAUGAAUAAGACUUUCUCUUUUUCUGAAAAUUGCUCCAUGGUAUAAAAAAAAAAGGUACUAAGUGUAACGCAGUUAGCUCCUAGGAAAAGGGAUCCCAGGGCAGUGAGAGGUGAAACCCUGUUCACUUAAUCCGAAUCAUUUUGUUAACGGUGCGUGUCACGUCCUGGAAACAGGAAAGGAAAUCCUUUCUGAUUGGAUAUUGUUGCAUAGUUUCAGUAUGCCCUUGGUACUUACUGUUGAUGCAGUAAAAUCUAGAGGUUUGGUGGGAAGUUUUCAGACAUGUUAGUGUAGGUGUAUAGAGGUGAUUCCAGAUGAUUGCAGAGUACCCCCAGUUGCUCUUGGAGGCCAAGAAAGCAACGAUGAAAACAUUCUGAGGAAAAGAGCCUUCCAUCAUUUACCAAAGAAUAUACCUCUUUUCGGUGUUUUGUUCCUAUCAUAAAAAUACAGCAGUGCAUUUAUAAGGCUAAGAAUGAAUUGUAAUUCCAGGAAAUUCUAUAAAUAUAUGACUGGCCAGGUGCUUAGGAAUUUUAAGCAUUUAGGCAUAAGACUUCAUUCAGGUACAUAGAAACCUUUCUUUUCCCCAAAAUAAACCUUUAAAAUUACAAGGUACAAGAACAGGAAAGUCAUGUGGUUUAAUAAUUGUAAAGUCAGCACUCAUGACAUCUCUAUGCAGGUCAAGAAAUAGAAUACCACUCGUGCCCUGGAAGCCCCACCCAGUGGCUCUCCCCUGCCCUCUGACUAACCAGUCUUUUGACUUCUGUCAUGGAGAAGCUUUUUUAUUAUUAUUAUGAAAUUUAUUGUCAAAUUGGUUUCCAUAAAACACCCAGUGCUCAUCCCAACAGGUGCCCUCCUCAAUGUCCAUCACCCACUUUCCCCCCCCUCCCACCCCCAUCAACCCUCAGUUUAUUCUCAGUUUUUAAGAGUCUCUUAUGGUUUUGCCUCCCUCCCUCUUUUUUUUCCCUUCCCCUCCCCCAUGGUCUUUUGUUAAGUUUCUCAGGAUCCACAUAAGAGUGAAAACAUGGUGUCUGUCUUUCUCUGUAUGACUUAUUUCACUUAACGCUCUCCAGUUCCAUCCACGUUGUUACAAAAGGCCAUAUUUCAUUCUUUCUCAUUGCCACAUAGUAUUCCAUUGUGUAUAUAAACCACAAUUUCUUUAUCCAUUCGUCAGUUGAUGGACAUUUAGGCUCUUUCCACAAUUUGGCUAUUGUUGAAAGUGCUGCUAUAAACAUUGGGGUACAAGUGCCCCUAUGCAUCAGCACUCCUGUAUCCUUUGGGUAAAUUCUUAGCAGUGCUAUUGCUGGGCCAUAGGGUAGGUCUAGUUUUAAUUUUUUGAGAAGCUUUUUUUUUUUUUUUUUACCACAAGGUGGUGCCUCCACCAUCCGAUGGCAAAUAGGAUGAUGCAACAGCAAAUCUGAACCGAAGAAGUUAGUAUAGUUUUGCAAUAAAUUUGCAGCCUAUGCAAUAAUACUAAACCUAUGCAGUAGUACCAAAAUUAGCCUUCUAAUCUUAGAUGGAAAUUGUUUUCCGUAUUAUCACCUGGCUCAGCCUGUUACUAAGGAAAUUGCCAGUUUGAUAAAUUUUAUAAAAGUUCAAGAAGAAACUAUUUUAUGUUUUUAAUAAACCAAGAAAAACCCUUUAUUAGAAAAAUUGAAUUAAAAGGUCUCCCAUUGUAAAAUUUGUCUGUUGAAAUGUACUAUAUUUAAAAAUAACUUUCCCCCAAUGUUGCCUGAUUUUUUGUGUGUCAUACAUUUAAUUUUUAGUAUUCUGUGGCUUUUUAGAGCUAACUACUAAGGAUUAUUAUAAAAUUUUAUAGAAUAAAGGUUUGUGUUUUUGAGUCCAAAGAGCUUCCAUAUUCUUGAAUAAAAAAAUGUAUUUUGUCCUUUGUUUAUCCCUUUUGCUACUUUUUAGCUUAAUGUUUAUUAGCUAGGUCUGAAAACAUUAGCGUUUUAGUUUGAUCUUUGUAAAGCCAGCUCACACAGAUUGCUGUCUCCAUUCAUGUUUGUAUCUUUCCCAUGACUGAUCACUAGAACUGAUUUUAGCUGUUUUUAAAUUGUAAAGUCAGGGUGUCUUCUUUAAAAUUCAAACAGUGAGGUGAGGGGUGCCUGGGUGGCUCAGUUGGUUAAGUGUCCAACUUUGGCUCAGGUCGUGAUCUCACUGUUCGUGGGUUUGAGCCCCACAUCGGGUUCUGUGCUGACAGCUCAGAGCCUGGAGCCUGCUUCAGAUUCUGUGUCUCCCUUUCUCUCUCUGUUCCUCCCCCGGUUGUACUCUGUCUCUCUCUCAAAAAUAAAUAAAGAUUUUAAAAAAUGUUUUAAUUCAAACAUUGAAAUACAUAUUAAAAUGUGUAUAUGUCCCUGUAAUCCUCUCCCCAGACUUAACCUCCCAACCAUUAGGUACUUAUUUGUCCAUUACUUUGGCAUGAUCACUGACAAAAAUUGUUGAAUUAGAACCCCAAAUUAUAUAGUCAAAUAUUUUAGUCCCCGUAUCAAGGUGUAUGUUCACCUUGGCACUUGAUUGACAUCCUGAUUUUUCCACAUCUGCUUUGUCAACCUCUUUUAAUUAAACCACCCUUGUCUGUUUUGAGGGAUAACGGCACUGCUUUCCAAUGCAUCAUUUAAACGUUACCGCUCAGUUUGGGUCAAAUAAAAGAAUGUUUAAUCUGUGUGACCUGCCAUCCAGAGUGGUACAGUGAUUUUCAAAGGGCUCUCGGCCAGUGACGGUAUAUCCUAGUUGACUAGCCAAAAGAAGGGCAGCGGGUUAACCCAGACCACACUCUUCGGCUUCUUAGAGCCACUGUUUCAGUUCUCAUGAUCCAUGUGGAGAUGCCAACACUAGUGGGCUUUAAAAGUACAAAAUUUGCUUGACUAGGAGCUUAUAAAUGUGACUCCAAUCUACCUGUUCGUGCAUUUGAACUGAUUAGGUGGAGGGGUAGGUAUAUCUGGACUUUGAGCAAAUUGCCAAGAGGCAAAUUGUUUACUAAGGUGAGAGGCACGGCUGCAUUUCUGUUGGUCCUUUGACAGUCUGGAAAUAGAACGCAUGAAAUGGAGGCAUCCAUUUUACAUUUAUUAAAAUGUCUUUCUAUAAAUCCUGAAAUCA